UUAAUGCAAUCAUUUAACAUCAUCUCACCAGUAAACAUUUGACAUUUUAACAUUUACAAAAGCAGAUUAAAUACAGAAGCAUUUCACUUUAUACAUUUGACAUUUUAUAUUUUUAGCCCUGAGGAAAAAAGUUAAAUAAAAUGACAAGUAGAGGAAAGAUUAAUCCCACGCUGACGAGAACAAAUCAUAAGAAUCAGUUGGAGAGACGGUGGGGAUGAUUUUCUAUCCCAGAACGUAAAUGUUCAUUGGAUGCAGUUUGUUAAAUCAAAGUAUUUUAGGUGUUCGUGUCACAUCAGAGAAUCUGUUUUUAAGCUGUAAAACAUUAACAUGAGACCUUUGUCCUCUAAAAACAGCUCACUCUUUAUCUCUUCAGCCAUGUUUGAUCUGGAGCUCAGUUGAGGGUGAACUGACCACAGAUCUGUUUGUUUGUUUGUUUGUUUGUUUGCAGUUUGUUCCAGGCUGAAGCAGCAGAAUCAAGAUGGCCGACAGCCGUCCGAUCUCAGCCGGACGCACAGGAAGCAACUGUGUGGAGCGACGGCAGCCGGUGCUCUGUGCUCAGACGACGACUGGGUUUCUAAAUGCCCCUCUGGCUGCAGAAUCCAGGGUUUGAUCUCGCAGACGGAGAGCAAGCUGGAGAAGAAACUGUGGAAGGUUUGUAAGAAGGCAAAGACGUACGAAGACGCGUCUGAGAAGUCCAUGACGGCGAUGACGCGCAUCUACAGCUACAACCGGAGGGUCAUCGUCAACAGAUACAUGUCCAAGCUGAACUUUGUGGAACACGCCGAAGGAUUGGAGAGGAACCUCACGUCGCUACGGAAACGGUCAUCCCGGCUGACGCUGCAACUCGAGGAGCUGCUCGGCAACGUCCAGAAACAAAUGGAGGACUUGUACCGGACAGAGGUGGACAUUGACAUGAAGUUGAGAGCCUGCUACGGGUCCUGCCGGUUGGUGUUGCCGUUCAGCGUCGAUCAUCUCAGCUAUCAAACGCUCCGAACCGACAUGGAGCAGGUGGAGGAGACUCUCAUCGGGAGUAGGAAGUUGGCUCCGCCUCCCAAUGACGUCCCACAUGUGAAGCUGCAGCCUGUAGACGUGGGCCCGGCUCCGCCCGCCGAGUACAGGACCAUCCCGACGGUCCGGAGAGAACUGCUGACCCAGUUUGAGGACAUCGAACAGAACCGGGUCGUCGUGGAGGAGCUGAGGCAGGUUUGACGGCUCACGUGGAAGUCAGGGCCUGUUCCAAUAAACACAGUUUAUAUUUCUGUUUAUGUAGAGCAUCACGCUCCCUUUAACGUGCACACUUUCUGUUACAGCUACAAUGUCACAACCUUCUUAUGUCUUUUCUUUUCUUAUUUGUAAACAAAAGAUUUACUUCAGAACAAAACAUGUAUUCCUGAAACAUCUCAAACAGUAUUUUCUCCCAUUUUUAGAUUAAAUAAUAACAUAUUUAUUUAUCUGGUUCUGCAUGUUGUUGCACAAAUAUAGCAACUAUAUUUGCUAUAUCUUUAUAUAUUACUUAAUUUUAAUUUCAUAGUAUACCAUACCAUAGCAGUAUUAUUAUUACUUUUAAUAUACAUUAUACUUUAAUAGAUAAUAUGGAAAACAUGGUAUACUUUACUUUGUUGUAUUAUAAAAGUAUUAUUAUCAUUAUUAUUGUUAAUAUUAUCAUUCAUAUUACUUACACCGCUAUAAUACCUUACAGUGUCUCCUACACCACUAUACUAUGUAAAUAUGUAUAAUGUUAACCACAUACUUUUCAAUAAUAUAUUUAUUUUUUGCUGUAUUAAUACAGACAACACAGGUCAUUACUUGAUCACAGUAAAACCUAUUCUGGUGUACACUGUUUACAUUAAUACUAGGUGUUUAUACUGUACCUCUCAUUUUAUGUAUCCUUAGUUGUGUUCUGAUGUUUUAUGUCCCGAUUUCUUGUUUUUGUCUUCUGUGCUGCUGUAAUGCUCCUCUGGGGAUCAAUAAAGGUUUAAAUGCAUCUUAUCUAAUCUUGUGUGAUCUUAUCUUACCUUUAAUUACUUUCUCUUAUCUUAAAUGAUCUUAUCUUAAACUAUCUGACCAAAAUGGUUUUAUCCUAAAUUAUCUUAAUUUUGAAUAACCUUAUUUUCAAUAAUCUUAUCUUAUAUUAUCUGAUCUCAAAUGCUCUUAUCCUAAAUGUUAUUAAAUUACAUUUUAUUUUCUUAUCUGUUCAAUAACUAAACACAGUUUAAUAUUAAUGCAUAAAGAACACACUCCUCUUUUUUCUUUUCUUUUAUUCAUAUCCACAGAAACAUUUACUUUCAGAACACUGAACAGACAUUUCUGUAUCAAAGUCACUGCAUGUUGUUUUUAUUUUAUUUGUUCACAGAUCGGUUAAUAAAAGACAGUUUAACACAAAUCUGUCACCUUGUCUCACUCUUGUCCUAUUUUGCUUGAUUAUUUUUCAAUAGUUUCUUUGUUGUAAACAGUUUGAUGAAUGGAAAUGAUAGAAAAACAACUUCACCAUUUUGACAAUAAAUGCACUGCAAAUAGAGAAAACACAACCACAUUCAGAAACACUAAAUGUGUCUGUAGUUGAAUUGUUGUGAAGUUGGUGAAGAUGUUUUCUUAAUUUGCAGUUUGUUGAGCUUUCAUGGCCAACGUCUUUGAUUUCUCUAAUAAAACGUAUGAAUAGAUCAUUUCACUUGUAUUGAUCAGCUCUCAUGUGCUGAGUUCUUACUUGUCUUGAAACCAAAUUUGCUUCUUUGCAUAUUUCUCCAUGAUAUGUUUAUUUAUGCUUUUAUUUUGACAGGCAGGAGCAAGAAGGAGCUUCAGCAGGGACUUAAAACCGACUUGUGGUGAGAACAUUUUCUUUGCUACGGUUCCUAAAGUGCAGUAAAAAAAACCCAAAGCCAGACAGAAAGUAUGUUCCUCAAUGUGUUUUAUUGAGUAGCGGAGGACAGCUGAGGUCAGCUCGUCCUGGUUGGUCACACUGAAGACGACACACAUUACAAGAGAGGUCACAACACAUUCACUCACAACCAGCUUCUCUUCAUCUGUAGACGUGACAAGUUUAUCUGACUUUAAACUAUUUCUCUUUUUUUUUUAAACUCCAUGCUGCAUCAUUUGGUUAAAACAAAUUUCAUCUUCUUCAGUUCUUUUUCACUUAAGCAGCAGGCGCCCAGACUCCGUGUCAGUUGCGUGUAAAUGUGCGUGUCCAUCAACAUAAAGGUUACAGCUAAACAUAAAGGACACACUUGAAUAUUAGUCGAACGCUACAAAGAGCUUUGAAGCUUUUCUAGAGGUGCUGUUUGACACCCCAUACUCAGUUGGGACACAUCACGUUGGUGUUUUUUAUUGUGGCGGUUUCCUGUAUGUGUUAUGUGUGUGCGCUCUCCGACAUUAUUUGCUGGAAGCAAAGUACGGCCGGAUCUUCAUGCUAAUGGCUUUGAGCGAAUACCAGCUCCCCUUCCAGUUCAUCCACACGAU